AUGUUUCAAGAGGGCACCCUUAAAAUCGCGAAUGACACCAAUUCCUUUCGAAGGAAAAUCAGCGUUGAAAACUUUUUAGGUGUCUUUAAGAAGAAUAACCAUGGAAAGAGCAUUAACAAAUCAAAAUGUCAACUACAAGGAUGUAACAAUGAAUGCACAAAUGAAAUUUUUAAUUCAUUUUGUAGCGAAAAGUGUCAUCUUUCUAAACCUCUACCAGAUCCAGCAAAUUCAUCAAAGUGUGAAUCGAAUGUCAUACCAAUGAGAAAAACUUUAACGGCAACUUCUAUCACUUCAUCUUCCUCUGCAACUCAUUUAUCACCUUUUUCAUUUAUUCGACCCUUUGCCUCAACUUCUGUGACUUCAUUCUCUGAUGAGGAUUCAAUAGAGCCGGAACUUACAUUUGGAUCUUCAUCGAAAUCAUUAAAUUAUUUACCAUGGAAAAAUCAUAGUUCAGCCUUUAAACAUAAAAUUUCCACAUCUUCAUUUGAAAUGAUUUCUUCUAACGAUCAAGACCUUGAAGGUUCGGUUGAAAUGAAGAAGUCUAACAAGAAAUUUAAAUCCAUUAGGAGAUUUCGUAGUUUCUUUAAUAAUCAUUCAACAAAUUCUUCAAAUAGCGAACAGGUUGAUUCCGCUUAUGAAACUUCAACAGAAAAGGAUUUUAAAAAAAAGAAAGAGAAAUCGAUCAAAAAGACAAAAAUGACCACACUUUCUCCCACGGAUCAAGAGUAUAAUGAAGUUGAAAAAUUCUUUUCUGUUGGAUUACCACAUAAGGAAAUUCUUGGUAUUGUUCGUUUACAAAUGCCAAGAAAACUUGUCAAAGCUCAUAAACAAUAUAAAAUACAAACUGCCAAGGUUAAUAAUGUACCGGAAUUAAAUGUUUGUCAUAAAAUGUUUCAUGGUACUAAGAAUGGGUUAGGUUGCGAGCCACAACGGUUUAUCGACCAAAAGAAAGCCGGUUUUUGUAAAAAGCCUUGUGGAGUUUGUGGUAUUGCCAAAGAAGGCAACAAAACGAAAUUUUCUCGUUACAGCCACCAAAUGUGGUUUGCGAAUAGUUCAAGCACAUCGCAAGGUUAUUGUAGCAACACCUCUGUGAAAGUAAUAUUUGUGGUUGAUGUAAUCGCGCCUAUAGGUGGCUCAAUAUUGAUUGUCGACAAGGACGCU